AUGAAGAUAACAGGCGCAUUUGUGCUCCUCGCCCUGGCAGUUCUUUGCUUAGCAAAUGCUGCCAAAGACAAUGAGGUGGACUGCAGUGAAUAUAAGAGGUUAGAGAGAGGAAGACCCAUUUACUGUGAAAGACUCUAUCAACCUUUCUGUGGCUCUGAUGGGAAAACAUAUAACAACAAAUGUUCUUUCUGCAAAGCAGUCCUGAGAAGUAGAGGUGCUCUACAUAUGAGGCAAGCAGGGACGUGCUGA